UCGCCUCAUCGCCUCAUCUCAUUGUCUAAUUUUGACACAAAUGGCACGCUAUACAAAUGGCACGCCAUACGACUGGGCACGAGUCUAUUGUCGACGUCCUCACUAGACGCAACGUACGUUCUCUAGAUCUAAACAAUGUCUGACAAACUGGAUGUGGAUCUCGAGCUGAGCAGCGUUUCCGGAGACGAAGCGGAUGGAGGGAUGGACAACAUCUCGAUCGAUGCCGACUCGACUGCUGAGGAGGACACACCAUUCACCAUUUCGAAUCCGUUUGCGUCGAAAGCAAAGCCCGUCGAAAACUCGGCCCGGAAAUCCGUACAUGAACGGCUGCAAGCCGUCGUAGAGGAUAUCAAAGAUGGCCAAGACGCUGAACUGGAUCGCUUGCUAGCUGACGGAGCGAGCGUUCAUCAUUGCUACUCGGAAGAAAGAAACAUGACACCAAUGCAUCUACUGUGUUGCUCGUAUGGUCUUGUAAACGAGGAUGAGGACUGCUGCGAGCCUUUCAUCAACAUGUUUCAAGUGCUGCUUAAUGCUGGUGCUGAUGUGGAUGCCGUUGACGAAGACGGAAAUACGGUGUUGCACAUUGCGGCGGAAGAAAACGUUCCUGUAGCUGCUCUAAAAGAGAUCAUCAAGAGAACAAAGGAUGUCAACCAAUGUAACGACAGCGGAGAGGCAGCCAUUCAUAAAAUGUUUGAAUCCACUGGAAAGGUGACACGUGAAUCUCUGCAAGUUUUGCUGUCAGCUGGGAGUAAUCUCGAGCAACAAGUGUCACGUCGAUAUGACAGUCAUCAGUCACCAUUUCAGUUAAUGGCUGCCAGAGAAGACUGCUGUACGCUAAUGUCUAUCAUCGAUGAAUUGAAACCAGGAUUGCUUAAUCGACAAGUUACUUCAAUGGUUGAACCUGCAGUGAAAUAUGGAACUUUCAAAACAGUAAAGAAUGUUUUAGAUAGGGGAGCUUCUGUUGAUGCAACUGAGAAGCAGCUUAUUCUACUUGCUGCUGAAUCCAGGGAAGACCCAUUGAAGAAAGUUGAUUUGUUGUUGGCAGCAGGUUGUGACGUCAAUGCUGUGGAUGAAGAUGGAGAAAAUAUCUUUCACAGAGCGGCUUGGGCAGACAACCUCGGUGUGGCAAAAAAAGCACACACUCUGAAAAUCGAUCAUAACAAGGCUUCUAGAGAUGGCAUACUACCGAUUCACAUAUGUGCUGGCGUCAAAAGUUCCAAGUGUCUCAAAUUCUUAGUCGAAAUUGGUACCCAGGUGAAUACCACGACAAAUAGAGGAGAGUCACCACUUUAUAUGGCUGUUGAUGUAAAAGCAAAGGAGAUUAUUGGUCUUCUUUUGAAGGCUGGCUGCUCGGUGAGAGACAGGAAACUAAAGGAAUUAGGAAUUGAAAAGAUCAGUACAUUAGCAGAGCCAGAAGUUAUAAUCAGUUCUUCUGCACCUUUGUCAUAUGCAGUGGAUCUCACAGACCUGUUGAAGAAGUGUGCCAAACGAAAUGAAGCUCGCGCACAACAACUCCUAUCUAUGGUGGACGACAUGGAACAGUUGGCAGUCGACUUUAUCAAUGAAAGUGGUGUGUUUGCUGUAGAACUCCUGACGGAUGAUCUAAUAUUCGAUGCCCUAGACAAUGGCCUGAAAAAGUUUAUUGCCAGUGCCGCUGUACAGGAAAAGUUGAAAGAGUCGUGGUAUGGAGAACGCAAAAAGACAGCACUAACAAAGCGUCAAUACCUAACAAAAGUCAGUACGUACUUCCUCAAAAUGCUCUUUCUUCCUUUUCUCAUGAUCAUCAUGUUGCCUCGACAUGGCUGUUAUUACAAACAAUUUUCUGAUGAAUUUCUUGAGGGCAAUGUGGAGCCAGUUGUUGCAUUUAUUGCAAAUGCAGUAUCAUAUCUAAUCUUCCUGAUAUUGCUAAUUGCCAAUGUGAUUGUCAAUAAUCGGGUGACUCGUUGUGAUGAUCUAAUGGAAGGUACGGAAUGUGGACUAAACGCAUUAGACUGGAUUGUCUUUGUAUUUGUUCUGGGAUUGUUGGUUCAGGAAGUCACUCAGUUUAUGAAGGUUGACUUUGGUGAAUACAUUUCAAGCUUCAGUAAUCUAUUUGACUUGACACUCAUGUUGCUAUUUGUGACUUACUACGUACUGGCGAUCAUUGGACUUUACUCGGAGUUAGACAUUGAUGUUCGUUACCAGCUUGUUCGUUCCUCAUAUCAUGUGCUCGGAGUUGCAGCUCUGAUUAGUUGUACUAGAUUUCUUUCAUUUCUGCAAGCACACCCCGUCCUGGGUCCAAUUCAACUGUCUUUUGUUGACAUUACAUCAGAUGUGAUGCUGUUCUUGGUCAUUUUGGGUACAUUUCUUGUUGGAUUUGCUGUCAGUGUUACUAGUGUUUAUUCGGCUAGACUGUACAGUCCUGGAACACAGCAAAGUACAACAGAGCCUUACCAUGUCGACCAUUUUUGGAUUUCUUUGAAGACAAUGUUUUGGGCACUCUUUGGCUUUACAGAUGAUACAUUUUUUAAGGAUGGCAGUGAUGCAGAGGAUUCAGCAGAAACCAUUGUUGGCACUCUUCUGUUUGCUGUGUGGUUGAUCAUUGCUAUCAUUGUCCUCCUCAACAUGCUCAUUGCUUUGAUCAGUUCUUCUUUCCAAAAUGUGCAGGAUAAUGCUGACAUCGAAUGGAAAUUUGCCAGGGCUGUUAUUAUUCGAGAGAUGAAGAAAGCACCUCCUAUUCCAAUGCCUAUGAAUCUGAUUCACCUCCUUGCCAGUGCAGUGUCUCAUUAUUGUUGUCGUCGAUGCACUUAUUGCACAGAUGAUGAUGAAUCCGAUGUUUCCAGCAACAAGACGCUGGUACGAUGUGGAAACGAGCGGGCAUUCGAAAACUUGAAAAAGAAAAUGGCCGAUGAAAGGGAAAAACAGCCUGUAACAAUAGGAGACUUGAAGAAAUUUCGAACUCGUGUUGAUGAAAGUUUUCGCAGGCUUCUAAGUGCAGUUGCCAGAUCUCCAACAAAACAUACGUCACGUGGUCUAACAUUUGAUUUGGAAGAAUCAGACUCAGAAGAAGAGGCCUAUACUUCGUUUUUUCGGCGUCACCUCCAUGCAUCUUCCCGCAGACGUCGUCUACCAGCUACAAAGGAAAAUGAAAAAGAACAAGAACAAGCUGCGCGGAAAGAUUCUGUAAGUGAGAAAAAGGUCAAGGAUAAAACUUUGGAGGCAACAGGAAAGAGUGAGACUCAACUGAGUCCAAACGCAACACUAAAGAAAGACGUAGAGCCUUGUACAGUUACCACAGGAGAAGGCUCGGCACUUGAAGUUCUAAUUUCCAAAAUGGAAAUGAAUCUUAAAGCAUUCGAGGAACUGAAAGGUAACAUUGGAGCAAGAUUGGAUGCAAUAGAAAGCAGGUUACACAGUGAGUGAUUAGUUCCAUCAAGAUGGUUGAAUAUUACUGAAUAUGUGGACUACAUGUUUUGAGUAUGUUUGCUGAACUUUUUAGAAUUUCUACUACAAUUGCGCGUAAAUGUAUUAUAUAAUCUGAGACAUUAUUCAUGGUCAGUCUCUUA